AAAAGCGCCAAUUUUUGAACAUACAUAAUGAAGAAACUUUAAGUUCCCAAUAAUUUAACAAAAUGGCAAAAAAUCAUUUUAAUGUUGUAGAUAUCGCUAUUGUUUUUGUCUCUUUGAUAACCUUUGUUUUGGACGUCAGCACUGAUGUUCUAGUUUGUGUACAGUUCUUGCUUGAAGAUCAGACAAUAUGUGGCUGGCUGAUGGUGUUAUUUAUUGUUGCACCUUCCAUUAUCAUGAGUGGCUUCAGUCUGGCCUGGCACAUCAAUGAUAAGACAUUAACUCCAUUUGGGUUCAUCUCUCAUUUACUUUUACUGUCACCUGUUCAUAGAUAUUUGUCAGUGAUCUACUAUGGGAUCAAUUCCUUUAGAACAAAUAAGGCCUCAUGUACUCAAAAUGCACUUAAAGCUCAAAGUGAUGCAGCAAUUCUCCGCCUGUUUGCAACUUUCUUGGAGAGUGCUCCACAACUGAUACUUCAGAUUUAUGUCAUCAUGGAUGGUAAAGGUGUUGGGUGGUUUACAGGAAUCUCCAUUGCCUGCUCUUUGCUGUCUCUGUCCUGGUCAGUUACAGCCUACUCAGACUGUCAAAGACGAGCUCACAGCUCACUAUACCGGCGCCGUUUAAUACGUUUGAUCCUCUACUGGGGUUGGCAGCUGUUCAUGAUUGGAGCCAGAAUAUCUGCAUUUGUUUUCUUUGCUAGGACUUAUAACAGCUGGAUUUUGGCAGUAAUGGGAGUGCAUUGGUUGGUAGCAUUUAUCUGCAUCUCUGUCCGAGGUACAGACUUUGGCACUGGUUGUUGCGAGACAUGGCUGUUAAGACUGGCCUGUGCAUUCAUUUAUAUAUUUGUCUUCCUAAACCUCAAUGAUGGGCCAUCUAGAUGGAGAAUUGUGGCCUAUUAUUUGUUGGUGCUACUGGAAAAUAUUGGAAUGGUAACGAUCUUUCUUGUGCUGGGAAAUGGUGCUGACCUCAUCCUUGUUGCCUGUCUGGUUGUGUUUGCUGGAUUUUUUCUUGGCAUUUUGUGUAUGAUCCUGUAUUAUGUUUUUCUACACCCUGGGUCUAGAAGUCGCCUAAAGAGAAUUCUAAAACACCCCAGUGGGGCUCUAGAAACAUCCAGGUCUAUCGGCAGCAGUGGACCUCACAUUUUCAGCAUUGAGUCUCCGAGACCUGUGGGGGUCAUGAAAGAGACAAGCAUUAAUGUCAGUCAAAGUUCUCUCCACUCCAAAUCCUCCUGUAACCAGAAGACCUGGGCAGUUGACCAGUCCAUUCUCAGCUCAAACAAAACCAGCACUGGGCCAAAUGUGUCACAGCUGAAUCUACAGCGAGCUUGGCAAAGUGGGAUGGUGUGCUCUUCUGGGAGUUCAUCUGUGAGUUCUCUAGCAUCAACAGAGGAACUAUCUGCCCCUAAGAAAUACACACCUUCAAUUAAAUCGGAUAACUCCCAUGACUCAACUUCAAGUGAGAAUCAUUUAUUAUCACCAGGGUUGAAUAAAAAUGACCUGAACAUGUCUUCACAAGAAGCCUCAAGAUUUGACGUUGUGGAUCUCAACUAUUUCAAAACAUCAGGCGGUGAUGUGAGCGCCAGUGAUAACAAUGUCCACAGCCCUGUCUCAAAUAGCCCAGCUUUAAGUAGAAGCUCGUGGGCCAGAUCAUCCGACUACAACAGGCAGUCAACAAUAGUGGAGAACUUCACUGUGCUUGGAUUUGAUGACUCAUCUUCCACAGAGAAAAAGAACAGUGACUCUAGCUCUUUCAGCAGCCACCUUAAAAGUUUAUCUCCCCUCAAUGUUGCUAAUUUGUUAAAAGAUGUCAAUGGCCGUCUACGAGCUACAAUUGCCGCAACCAUUGCUGCGGCAACUGGGAAUCCUUCUUCUAAUGAAGGGACACCAAACAGAAGUCAAUCCAUCUCCUCCUGUAACUCUGUUCAUUCUACAGUUGAUGAAAGCUUUAACUCAUAUCACAAUACAAGUUCUCAUAAUCACAAUACAGCCUUCGUGGAUUCUAGUUCAAGCAUUAAAGAUAAAGAGUCUCUAAAGCAUAACAUCAUUAUGAACUUUUCCAGACGAGAAGCUCUCAGUUCCUUGCCAAAUAUUGUUGAAGCUUUAGACCCAACUCCAGAUUCUAGCUUUGAUAAAACUACUGCUGUGUCAUUAGGGACACAACGUUUUGUAGGCACCAAAGACAAGACAGUCGUUUGUGAAUCAUACAAAAGCCCAGGCGAUUUUUCCAAAGCAAGUAAUUUCUCUUUUCCUCAAGACUCUACACUGACAGCCAGUAAAUUAAAUACCAGUGGAACAUCAUACUUGAGUUCUCAGAGAGAUUAUUUUCAGUCUCAACACAAGUCCAAGACAGAUCUGUCUUCAAUGUCUUCACAUGGGCAGGUCAGCUGUCAAGACAAGUGGAACACAAAGGAUGAUGACAGAAGCAGCUCCCCUUUCACUGAUCUAGAACUGGUGGCUGUGAUGGCUAAUUCCUUGCAAAGUUAUGUUGGAGGUUCAUCCAGCGACUCCCACAUUCCUGAAAGAGAGGGUCUGGCUUUAACCCUGGAUGAUCUUAGAAUAAGCAGGGAAGGGUCACCAGUGCAAAACUUGGCCACCUCUGGCAGGAGCCGUAGUGCAUCUUCCCUGUUCCAUGACAGCACAGAGUCUUCACCGGCCAGCUCAGCAUCUAAGAUGAACCAGCUGGAAAGUCUUCGCCAAGCUGACGCUAAGCUCUCACCCAAUGCCUUCAAGCUGUUGGAAAUUCCCACAGAACUAUUAGGUAGCCUGAAUUCAGACAGCAAAAAACUGCAUGAGAUUGAAAGCCUGACUGCAGUAGUCAUACCACAAAGCCUGGCGUUGAAGUACAUCAUGGAGUCCUAUGGUUCCGGAACUCCUGUGUCACACAAAUCAUUAAAGUUAUCUCACCCAAGUAAUUCUUGGUCUGAUCUUCCCAUUAAAAAACAUUUUGGAUCAGACUUACCUACCAAAAAAGGUUUUUUGACAACUUCUGAAGAAUUGACCAGUCCAGAUUUAAAUCAGCAUAGAAUUAGAAAACAUAACCAAGGAACUGAAAAUCACAUUCGCCAUACUACUAAUGAAAAAGAAAGUAUUGCAAGAAGCAUGAAAAAAACGCCCAGUGUCAAGUCUCCACAAUGUUUUGAAGUGUGCCAGACUCUAGAUCAAAAUUCAAAGUGUGGGGUGUCUUCUACUAAAAAGCUCAAUGUUCAUUUCUCUAAGCUCCCAUUGGAACAGAGAAAAACAGACAAAAAACCUGAACAAGAUACAGAGAAUGGGUACGUAGCAGGGCAGUAUCAUCCCCCACUGUACAGCUGCGAUGAAGCAAGCUCAUUAGAAAUGAUAGCACCAAGAAAGCAACAUUGCGCAAAAAGGAAUUCAUUUGAUUUAAAUAGUGAAUCCUGGAAUGAUUUUCAUUUGCAUGCAGAUGGAAAAAAAAAAACUAAAACCACUAAAGAGAUGAAACAAUAUGAUCUAAAACAUCCCACAAAACACAGCUUAGAAAAGCAUAACUCAGAUAUCUUAAGUUUGAAACAACAGAUGCCCGAUAAACGCAAAUUUUUGUCACAUUCUAAUCUUCAAAGCCAUGCUUUUCCAAACUACGUCAAUAAAAAGGAGACAAAUGUAAAACAAGGCAAACGCCAAACUGUAAGUUUUAACCAGUUCCACAGCAUUGAAAAGUUAACAGACAAUGAGCUUCAGCUAUCAGCCCAGCACAUUGCAGAUUAUUACAAAGAAGUGUUGGAAGACCCUCCACUGGUUAGCUCUCAUGUCCAGAGAUCUAAGAGGUUUUCAGCACCUCAGGUCCAGAGCCCACGUCAGCCCUUACAGAGUCUGGACAACUCCCAGCAUGCCCCUCGUGUCAGCUUUAGGUCCAGCCAGAAACUGACACCAUCUUUAACUAAAUCAGCAUGGUCUCCAGGUGAACCAGAAGUGAAAAAACAUUCCAGAGAUGUAGUGAAACAAAGGUUGAUGUUUGAUUCUUUGGCGCAUCCAGAUAAAUCAAUGAGUUCAAGACCUCCUGUACCAAGGGGACAUCACUCUAGUUCUUAUUCAUAGUGUUCAUGUUUACUGAUAGUAUUUUGACUGGAUUUUUACACUUCAUGGUUUAUAAGUUUGUUACUUUUAUACAAUAAUUUUUGUUUUCAAUGCUUACAUAUUAACAACCUAUUGUAUUUAUAAAGUUAACAUAAAAUACAUUUUAAUAUACUUAAUGAACAUAGGGCAAACACUUAAGUUAAUGAGGUAUCUUGUCUUUAUAUACAAAAUGCUCAAUGUAAAUAUAUUGUUGACUUUUACAAACAGAAUAUUAAAUUUUAAAAGUGUUUUUGUAGGUUAGAAAAUUUCUAUUGCAUUUUGUUUUAAUGGCAAUUGUAUUUUGUUGUUUAUUGAGAUCUCACAAGAAAACUUGACCUCAAUGUAAAUUUGCCUAGUUUUAUGCAUCUUUUUUUUAUUGUGUAACUAUACCUCAAGCCUAUUGCAAAUUUUUGAUGUUUGCUUUUGCAGACUCUGUUAAACUUUUUACAUAAUUGUUACUGCUAUUACCUAAUGUUAAUCAAGCAGCUAUUGAUCCUGUUGUUUUUUUAACCAUUUUGUCUCAUUUAUAAGCAGACUUAACACUAAAGUGGUUAUAAGCUGCUGGAUUGGGAGAAUUUUUUAACAGCAAUUUUUGCUGAAAUUAUAUUUCAUCAACAAAGGUUAGUGGCGCAUAAAAUCGCUCUUUUUAUUGUUUGAGAUUAAUUGUGCUUUAUUUUUACAAAGCUUUAUAACCAACCUUUUAAACUACCACCAAGCAUUAUUUUCUUAAUCUUCAAGAUUAAGGCCAGUCCAUUUUUUAAACCUGUAAUGGAAUUUUUAUUUUAAUCACCCUGCCUGGUCAGGUUUUACAUAAAAUUUGAAUUAUGUAUUUUCUGUUGAAUGUCCUUUGUGUCUCAUUUUACAUUGUUGUAUGACUUUAUAUACU